AAAAAAAAAUAUUAAAAAAUGGUUAAAUAAGUUGCAGCAGAAAGCAUUUAGUCUAAAAUUGGUUUGGUCAUGAAAUCCGGAAAGGCAUGUCUCGGAUACAAAUCCACAAUUAAAUCCAUUAGAAACGGAAAUGCAAAGCUUGUUUUAAUUUCAAAUAACUGUCCUACUGUUAGAAAAUCAGAAAUUGAAUAUUAUGCAUAAUUAGCUGGAAUUAAUAUUCAUAAAUUCACUGGAAAUAAUGUUGAUCUAGGUACAACAUGUGGAAAAUUAUACAGAUGCUCAGUUAUGGCUGUAUUAGAUGCAGGUGACUCUGAUAUUCUUAAAGUUGAUUGAAAAGAAAUUAAUAGAGAAAAAUAUUUAAAAUUUUUUGUUAAUUUUAUAUUUUUAUUUGUCAAUUUAUUUAGUCCAAGUUAUUAAAUAUUUAAAUGUAUA